ACCCAUUUCUUUCAGCUAGUCUCUCUCCAAUCUCACCAAAUCUACGUACACUUGUCGAUCUCAGUCUCGCCCUUGCUUACUUCUCCAUCUUGUUAUAUUUCCUGUUCAAGUACUGCUGCUACGUGAUUCCCAAAUUUGAACACUGAACCGCAACAUUAAAUUGACCCCAAACUCAGUAGGACAGUAGGUUCAAUUGGAAAUGGGCACAGAGAGCUCUUCACCUCCUCGGUGGAAAUAUGAUGUCUUUUUGAGUUUUAGAGGCGAGGAUACUCGAAAGGCUUUUACAGACCAUCUAUACACUGCAUUGGAUCAUCAAGGAAUCAUAACUUUCAGGGAUGAUCCUGAACUUCACAAAGGGGAAGCUAUUUCUCCAGCACUUUUUGCUGCAAUUAAAGAAUCAAGAUUUGCCCUCAUUGUUCUCUCACAAAAUUAUGCAUCGUCGACAUGGUGCUUGGAGGAACUUGUGAGAAUUCUGGAAUGUAUGAAAGCAAGAGAAGCUGUGCUGCCAAUUUUCUAUGAUGUUGAUCCCUCUGAUGUACGAAAGCAAACAGGGAGUUUUGGUGAAGCCUUUGCUAAUCAUGAAGAAAGGUUUAGCGAUGACAAGGAGAAAGUGCGGAGGUGGAGAUCUGCAUUAACAGAAGUGGCAAGUUUCUCAGGGUGGAAUUCAAAGGAAUGGUAUGAAUCAAGGCUCAUUACAAAUAUUGUUGAAGUUAUAUGUAAAAGAUUGCAACCGACAUCAUACAGUUAUGCAGAAAAUCUAGUUGGAAUUUACUCAAGAUUGCAUCGAGUUAAUUCGCUUUUAAGUGUAGGGGAGGAUGACGUCCGCUUCAUUGGUAUAUGGGGAAUGGGCGGGAUUGGUAAGACUACUAUGGUAAGAGCGGUGCAUGAGAGAAUCUCUCGUGAAUUUGAAUGUAAUUUCCUUCUUACGGAUGUUAGAAACUCCUCCGUUGAAAAAGGUGGUUUACUUAAUCUGCAAAAGCUACUUCUCUCUGGGAUUGGGGCAAACAACGCUGACAUAUUUGACCUUCAUGUAGGAGCCACCAUAUUACAGAGGUUAUUAUGUCACAGAAAAGUUCUUCUCAUUCUUGAUAAUGUGAACCAUUCAAGUCAUUUAAAAUAUUUGGCAGGAAGCCAAGAGUGGUUUGGUUCAGGGAGUAGAGUUCUUAUCACAAGUAGAAAUGAGCAUUUGUUGAUUGAACAUGGAGUGGAGUUAAGAUUGAAGGUCGAAGAAUUAAAUGAUGAUGAUUCUCUUCAACUUUUUAGCCAGAAAGCAUUCAAAAGAGGUUUCCCUGAAGAAGAUUUUCUUGGUUUGUCAGAAUCUGUUACAAGUUAUGCCAAAGGUCUUCCUCUAGCUCUUGAAGUACUGGGUUCUUAUUUGUAUGGAAGAGAUAUAAGUGAAUGGAAGAGUGCACUGAGAAAACUGGGAAGAGUUUGUAACAAGGAAAUUUUUGAAGUCCUUAAAGUAAGUUUCAAUGAUCUAGAUUCCGAAGAGCAGAAAAUUUUCCUAGACAUUGCAUGUUUCUUUAAUGGACAGGACAAAGAUCAAGUAACGGAAGUACUAAACAGUUGCGAUAUUUCUGCAAUUAUUGGAAUAAAAGUCCUCAUAGAAAGAUCUCUCCUAAAUGUUUCGGAUGGAAGACUAAGAAUGCACGAUUUGCUCCAGGAAAUGGGUCACAACAUUGUCCGCCAAGAGUCUAACGAGCUGGGCAGGUGCAGUAGGUUGUGGCUUCUUGAAGACGUCAAACAUGUCUUGACCAACAAUACUGGAACUGAAGCAAUAGAAGGUAUAAUUGUGGACUCAAACGAGUUAGGAGUAGACGUGGACGUGACUCCAAAAUCAUUUUCAAUGAUGAAAAAUUUGAGAUACCUGAAGAUCGAGAGUGGGAACCUGUCUAAGGAACUUGUGUAUCUUCCAGAUAAUUUACGGAUUCUUGAUUGGACGAGGUAUCCGUUAAAAUCUUUGCCAUUACAUUUCAACCCUCGGAAGCUGCUCCAACUAAGCUUGUCUCAUAGUUGUAUUGAACAUUUUCGGAUAGGAACAGAGCCUUUAAAAAUUUUGAAAACCAUUAAUCUGAGUCACUCUCUGAAUCUUGUCAGCACCUCAAACUUUAAAAGUAUGCCACAUCUCGAGUUUCUGCUUCUUGAAGGUUGUAUAAAAUUGUCUGAGGUUGACCCAGGAAUUGGAGAGCUUGAAAGACUUACUGUGCUGUACUUGAAAGAUUGCAACAAUCUUGUGAGUCUUCCAAGCAGUGUAGGUCGCUUAAAAUCUCUCAAAUAUCUCAUUCUUUCUGGUUGCUCAAAGCUUCAGAAAUUGCCAGAUGAGUUGGGUCAUGUUUCUUGUUUGGAGGUGCUUGAUUUGAGUAGAACUGGCAUGACAGAAGUGCCCUCCCCUAUUGUUCAUUUGGAAAACCUCAAAAAAUUCUCUCUUGCUGGAUGUAAUUUGCAUCCGUCAUCAACAUUAUGGAAUGUGUUUUAUCAGUUUUGGCGACGAAGAAAUCAGUCAAAUCACAUUCCGGUAGGAUUGUCGUUGUCUCGUUUGUCGGUUUUGCAUUCAUUAACUGAAUUGAAUGUAAGUGAGUGCAAUCUUUCUGAAUUGCCCAGUGAAUUUGGAUGCUUGUCUACAUUAAGAAGAUUAGAUCUCAGCAGAAAUAAAUUCAUUAGACUACCCGACAGCAUCGGCCAACUCUCUAGACUUGAAUCUCUUCAGUUGCAUUGGUGCCGCAAUCUUCGGGCAUUACCAGAGCUUCCAUCUCUUGCAUCGGUAGACGCUAGCCACUGCAUUUCAUUAGAUACUUUGGCCAAUCAAAUAGGGCAAUGUAAUUCGGUGCUAUUCGGAUCUUUUGUUAACUGUUUCAAACUGGUGGAGAAUGAAAGCACCGGGAGUAUAGCAGUUGCAUUGUUAACACGCUACCUUAAGAGUAAAGCAUUUUCUGACCAUAAUAAUAGAUUUAACUGUAUUGUUCCUGGAAAUGAAAUUCCAGAGUGGUACAAUCACCAGAGUGUGGGGGAUUCGAUAACCGUAGAGCUACAACCAGGUUGGUUAAGUAACAAGUGGAUGGGAUUCGCCUGGUGUGUCGUUUUUAGAUUCCUCGUACCACAGCCGCCUUGGACUGCGAUGUUCUUUAGUUGCAGACUUGUUGCCAAUGGAAAACUCAUGCCCUUCAAUUUUCAAUUUUUUGGGCGAGAGUGGGGAGCUCGAGAGUGGGGAGAGUUCUAUGCAAUUAAACCUGUGUCAGAUCAGAUUUGGUUGUCGAAUUUGCACCGUGAUUUUUGCAAACAUGAGUGGCAGGAUAUCUACUAUCGGCUUGAUUUCUCAAUUCAAAUCAACUACAUCGAAAAGAGUGAGGACCGAAGGAUAUAUACGAAAGUUGUGGAAGUGAAGAAGUGUGGGGUCCGCAUGGUAUAUGAGGAAGAUGCAGAGGAGCCUUCAACCAAGCGACGCCUUCAACACUAUGAUGAUGAUGACGACGACGACGACGACGACGAUGCAUCAUCUAGUAGUGCAAGUCAAGCUCAUCCAAGAAGCAUGAAACAACUCCACCUUGACGGCGCAGGACCCAGUGGAGCCCCUUAUUCAUGACCAGAAUCGGAGAUCCCAACGAAUCAUCGAAGGAAAAGACAUUGAAAAAGCAGGGGAGCUGGAUUACCAUUGGGCCGAGUUCGAUGACGUCCGGUACCACAUUCAGGGCUUGCGGGGGGAUCGUCUUAUUGUCAUUGGCGGUCCUAGGAAUCUCGGUGAAGGUUUCAUCGAGAUCAAUGCGUGGGUUCCAAGUGAAGGUCCUCCGCAGUGGAACUUGCUUGCGAGAAAGCAAUCUGGUAACUUUGUCUAUAACUGUGCUGUAAUGGGAUGCUGAAGCUUCAUAUGUAUAAGAUUGGUUUGUCCACCAACACAGGAGUCUUGCUAAUUGGAGGAACUAAAAUCUGUUGAACGCCUCCAACCUGCUGCCCGAUGCUGCAAAGAGUAUGUUAGUUUUUCAAUUACCUUUUGAAGGCACCUAGUUUUAUAGUAAAAGGAACUGCAACGGAAUAUCUAUCAAAUUUGUUUGUUCUAGCCAUGAUUGCUGAUUUUGUGACUGCGAAUCCAGAUCCGUUGAUACCAACAAAUCGAAAGAAACAACGAUCCUGUCACUUUUGGAAAUGGCUCUGUGGAAUGCCCUGUUUUAGCUUGUCAUCGAUUUGCUGUUGCUGCUGUUGUGAUGGGUGCUCUCUUCACCUAGAAAUGCCACGCUGCUCCUGCUGUGGUUCAUGCAGUGGUUCAGACUGUGGUUCAUGCAGCGGUGAAUGCUGUGUUUUAUGCAAGGGUUCAUGCUGCAGUCCAUGUAACUGUAAUUCGUGUUUCAGUUGCCCUUCACUACCAAAGUGGCGAUGUUGCUGCUCAUGUCCCCGAUCCCAUUGCUGCAAAACUAGUUCAUGUUCAUGCAGCAGAAAUUGCUGCAUUUUACCAUUGUGUUCGUGCUCAUGUCCCGAUUGCUCUUGUUUGAAUUGUUUCAAAUGGAAAUGCUCUUGUCCUAAAUGUCUGAAGGUACGGCCUUGUUGCUGUUGUAAAAUAACCUGCUGUAACCCUUGCAGUACAUGUUUGUAGUAUUCAUGACAUCUCUUAUGGAAGCUCUGUAUCAUGGCUUUUUCAUAUUUAACUAGUCUAGAUAUGCUGCAAAUAUUCAUGUAUUCAUAAAAUUGAGUUUAUGAAAUAAAUUUUAUAGUA